AUGGAUUUCGGCAAUUUGAUCAACAAAGGAAAGGAGGCGCUUGCAGGAGAGGAUGGAAAGAUUGACUACAGCGGAAUGCAAAAGGAUGCCCAGGAGGCCUAUAAAACUUUCAGCACCACCGAAGGCUCGUAUACUGACAAAGCCUCUGCUGCGUAUUCAGAGUACCAAAAAGACCAUGCCAGCCAGAAGUCUUCUGACGAAACCAAAUCCGACUCUACGGAGAAGAACUAG